AUGGAGACGAACUACAAGUCGCAACUGCGUGCUGCCCUGAACCCCACGACUCGAUCCACUCGACCCAGUCAGAAUCCAGGGGUCCUGCGUGCCUGCUCAAUCCACCUUCAUCUGCAACUCGUGGCACGACGAACCCAAGGCCGAUUAUCAAAGUACCUGGCCGGUCAUUUACUCGCGAGUUGUCCGCUCAAUCAAUGUGGCAUUUUCCAUCAAGUCCAUGAGCAAGCCUUGAUCACCAAGUCAUGCCUCCAGAGUCCAAAUUACAUCGGUAUUGACACUCGACUCGAGCCCAAGGCGGCACAGGCGGCGGUUGGCUUGCAGUCAGAGAACUUCCCGAGCCUUGUCUUCAAAGCCCCAAUGGUCGACGGGCGGGCGGGCGGGCGGACAAUUGUUAAGCAGGCGAGAUACCGAGAGCGAGCCUUGCACUCUCAUUGUCAACUUAACUUUGGUUGUCAAGGCUAUAGCUGCGUACUAUUCCACGUAGAACAUUGGACCUACGGCGGGACGAUUUACCCGAAUCAGAAGGGAAACAGGUCCGUUUACCCCAGAACAAAUGCAACGGCAUGCUCCUCAUCCUCAUCCUUCUGGCGGGCCAAGGUUCCUAUGGAAAGCUCCCCGACGUUGGAGCCCGCCAACCCUGUGCUUGCGCAUGUGUCUGUGCCUGUCAGACAGCUCCCUGGUUCUCUUCUCACAAGCGAUCCUUUUCCUCGAGCCAAGUCCGGCAUCUAUAUCACCAAAUACUACUUCAGGCCACCAUUGGCUCGAACGUCAGACCCUUCGAUUGGAGCGACAGGCGGAAGAAGGGUGGGCGGGUACUAUGGAAUUCAAUGCACUGUGGGCAAGGCCGCUUCGCAAGAAACGGGGACUAUGAAGCCGGUCCAUGUCAACGUUGCAACGGUUGGACGUCAAGGAUGUUCUGCAGUCGCGCUAACCAGCCAGUGGCAGCAGAAUACCACUAUCAAGGCACUCGUGUACAGUACGGAUAUGGUUGGGAAUCUCUCAAUUGUUCCUCGUGCUGGUGGUGUUUCUUCUGCCCACUCUCUACUUGACGCAACACUUCGCUACAUUGUUUGUGUUUCUUGCCACAAGGCGGACCAAAAGGUUACUUUAGCGAAAGUCAAGCGAAUACAGGCUUAUUGCAAUUGGCAAGACUGGGAAAUGGACCAGUCAACUCUCGCCUUAAUGAUGGGCACCACUAGCCUCAUCAGCAAAUACCUGAACUACAGCGAGAUCAGCCAUUCAUCUCUCGUUGGCGUCUUGACCAACCUGCCGCCACCUCGAUGCUAUUCGCUCAUCUUGGCCAUUGUUGUUGGUCCCACGCCAUCACCAACCAUUUCUCUCUCUAUGCUGAUCCUUCCGCAUGUUGCUUUGCAGGACAUCCAAGAGCUAUUACCCUGCGGCCGGGAAAUUGGAUACAUCGUGUUGGAGGGUCGCGUCUCGGGCCAGUUGGAUGCCAGAACACCGGGGGCUAACGCGAACCCUGGGACGUUGUUGGACUUUGCCGCAUUCGUGCAUUUCUCCUCUCAAGAUUCGUGGCCGGGCAGGUCGGCUAGGACGGCCAAUUCCGACGCCGUCAUUCGCGAGCUACCGUUCCACAACGAUCAACCACUCCUGUCAGACUGCAUGAUCGGUCCGAAGGACGCGGGACAAGGCAUAGAAGGCAUAGAAAUGAAGAACACAAUUAACCGGGAAACAACCGACCUCAGUCAUCCGGCCGAGGCUCUAGUUCCAGACCUCGGACGCAACGAAGAAAAGGCUGCCCUAACUAUGGCCUUGAAUGCGGAGAAGGAUGGGAAUCCCGGGGAACACAUGCCUGCAGCAUGGUCUUCAAAGUCGUCGUUCAAGGGACCGAUCUCCAAGGGCUCGAUUGUCGGUUUCUCGACGACGCGCCUAUAUUCCGGGAGAGGAACGACAUCAUUUCCUUCUUUCUUCUAUACUCAGGAUUGGUGUUGGUAUUCCGUCGAUCAGCCCCAAGGCAGCGUCGCGUUGGUUGCAAAUAGCCGCAGCUUCACGCAAUUAUUAUCUUCCCUGAUGUCUGUAUCCACGAGUAGUGAACGGCUGAAUUGGAGGAUCACAGAAGCUGCGGCUCACGACGAGGGCCAGCUAGUCUCUUCCCUUUCUUCAGACCGCCGAUCAAUGGCCGCCGCUUCACUAGGCAUCGAGCACAUCCUGCGUGCUGCCGAUGCCCUCAAAGAAGUGCUGAUCGGCCUUGCGAGUCUGCAAGGUCCCGCGAAGCUUACAUGGAAGCCCAAGAGAAGGCCAGAUGGCCUGUUUUCGCGGCCUACGCUACGCCGUGCAUGCAUGAGCAUAUUGCCAAAAUGCCAGUCUCUACCUACUCCAUACCUGUAUCACCACUGGGAAUCGCCUGUGGACGAAGUCUCUAGGUCGAGGCAGCAAUCAUCGUACAAUACUCUGUACGGAUACAUAUCAUUACACCAAACUUGGGCCUUUUCAGCUUCAGGCACAAACCACCAACAGGUGAACCGAGUGUCACACUUCUCUUCUACUUCCAUCUGGGGAGAUGCUGAGAAGCUUGGACUCUCGACUGGUCGUCUCGUAACCCCAAUCUUCCCAAGUCCCAACAUGCUUCCAACAUCACGCCACAAUCACCAGCUCACUUCUCAACACCCAUGGCUCAUCAGUGCCGUCCGCGGAUUACCCAAACCGAGGAUUCUUCAAGGCAAUCGUGUCAUCGAUCGAGAGUUUCAACCGCAUUACGACCGCGCCCCGAGCAGGGGAGAUCCCGAUAGCUUAUCCAGACCGGCGCCGGCUCCUCAUGUGCCGUCUGCAGUCCCGGUGUUGAUGUGUCCGGCUGCAUCCAGUCUGUCGCUUUUGAGUCUUGAACACAAUGGAAAGCCAGACUCGGGCCAUGCUGCCACUGGAUGGCAAGCGGCCCAGCUUUCCAGAAAUGAACCGUCGUUUCAUCUGCUCUGCCUAGUUGAGCGCCGUGAGGCCUUGUCGGCAAGCAAUCCCUCUCCAGAAACAGGCGACCCCUCUUCUUAUACAGACGGCAUAUAUACCGAGUUAUCGAGUGCAGAUGAUGGGGACAUCGCCGACGCAGCGUGUAAGCGAUGCGACAGCAAACCAAGGUUAUCGCCGCGUCCGUCAGAGAGGAUCCGGCUCAUCGAUGCUCCAAACGACCCGGGCAUCCUCCGGCCCCCAAAGCCGUCGAUCCCGGGAGCGGCAUAUGGCUUUCGGACGCCCACCUUCGGAUGGUCCAUCGACGAGCUAGGCACAACCCAGAGGUUCUUUGUCAAUCUCCUACAAACCAGCGCAAAAGAUGAAGGAGGUAGUUGUGGGAUGGAGAGAAAAGUUUUCUCCGCCGGCGCUCAGACUCGGUCGUCAGCCAAGGCUAGACCAUGA